AUGGAAAUAGAUGGCUCCAACUCACCAAAAAAGCAAUGCAUCCGAGCACGAUACGCUAUUCCUGCAGUUUCUUCCAAUUUCGCCCUACAGUACACCGGCAAUUCGUUUGCGUUCAUAUUAUUUGUCCAACGCAUGCGCCGUACUCCACCAGCGGCGGAUGCUUGCCGAGUUCGAGAGGACCCUGCCGACAUCGAACUAUCUGGUGGGGAUGAUGGAUGCGAGGGGCUGCUAGGUUAUCAUGCAGGACCUCGUGCUCGACUGGCGGCCCGCAUGCUUUCGCAUCCAGACACAGCUCUAGAUGCACGCGGUUACUUAGCCAUUCUAGAAAUUACAGCGACUGAAAGGGGCGUGCAGGCAAUAAACGUUUUGAAACCAGCAGAAUUAAGCAAUAGAAUUAAAAGAAUUGCAGAAUACAGCACACAAGGACGAAAAUUUAAACAAAGUGAAAUGACAAUACUAUGUCAUGAGAUACUCCGGAAACCUGAAGAAGUAAAAGGCGAAUUACAAACUCAACAAUACAUUUUAGCCUUUUGUGUUCAAAUGGUAAUGGCAUAUAUUAUUAUCAUGGAUGAUAUAGAAGAUGGUACGAAGACACGUAACGGGAAGCCAUGUUGGCAUUUGUUGCCAGACGUGGGCAGCUUGGCCAUGAAUGAUGCCAGUAUGUUUAGGAGCUUCAUACACGAAAUGCUAAAGCAAAAUUUUCAAGGGUCCACAUAUGUUAAUAUACUCAAUCUAUUCAAUGAGGCAUUUUUAACGUGUAACGUUGGACAAUACUUUGAUGCAGUGACUGUAAGAAAUAGAAAUUACGAUGAUUUUACUAUGGAACGUUACAAAAUGAUUGCGAAUCAUAAGUUUGCGUAUUUUUCUAGCAAAUUCCCUGUUUUAUCAGCCUUAAUUUUAUGCAAUAAAUUCAACAAGGAUUCACAACGAAAUGUUGCUAAUAUAAUGACAGACAUCGGAAUUUGGAGCCAAAUAAACAAUGACCUUACAGAUUUCUUCGAUGAUGAUAAACGGACGGGUAAAACUGGCUCAGAUAUCCAAGCGGGAAAAUGUACUUGGCUAGCAGUAACGGCUUUGCAGCGCUGCAACAAAACACAACGAAAGGAAUUCGAAGCGUGCUACGGUAGUUGGGAACCUGAGAAUUUAAUAAUGUUCUGUUUUUUUGUAAAAAUAAUUACACCUUCGAGAUGGUUAUUGAGCCAUACCAAAAACUACACUAACUGGUGUCCAGCUCCGGUGUCAAAAGAAAUACUAUCGCGAAAUGAUUAUGAGAAGUUUCAAAAAUCAAUACCCAUUAUGAUAGAAAAGAGCGUGCAGGCAAUAAACGUUUUGAAACCAGCAGAAUUAAGGGAUAGAAUGAAAAGAAUUGCAGAAUACUACCUACAAGAACGAAAUCUUAUACAAAGUGAAAUGACAAUACUAUGUCAUGAGAUAUUCCGGAAACCUGAAGAAGUAAAAGGCGAAUUACAAACUCAACAAUAUAUUUUAGCAUUUUGUGUUCAAAUGGUAAUGGCAUAUAUUAUUAUCAUGGAUGAUAUAGAAGAUGGUACGAAAACACGUAACGGGAAGUUAUGUUGGCAUAUGUUGCCAGACGUGGGCAGCUUGGCCAUGAAUGAUGCCAGUAUGUUUCGGAGCUUCAUACACGAAAUGUUAAAGCAAAACUUUCACGGGUCCACAUAUGUUAAUAUACACAACCUAUUCAAUGAGAAUGACCUAACAGAUUUAUUCGAUGAUGAUAAACGGACGGGUAAAACUGGCUCGGAUAUCCAAGCGGGAAAAUGCACCUGGCUAGCAGUAACAGCUUUGCAGCGCUGCAACAAAACACAACGAAAGGAAUUCGAAGCGUGCUACGGUAGUUGGGAACCUGAGAAUGUAAGACGCAUACGAAAACUUUACGAGGACUUAAAUAUACUAAAUAUUUAUUUUCAUGAAGAGCGGGCUACCUACGAAGCGACUGUAAAUAAAAUUCAGUCCCUUCCAUCUAAUGCCCUACCGUCGCCUGAUUUUUUCCAAAUCAUCCUUGAUAAAUAUUAUCCCAUUGUUAGUUGUGGUAAAUCGUAUCAAAAAAACAAGCUUAAAUAG